AUGGCUUCCUUACUCGACAUUAUCAAUGAGGUAGACUCCUUCAAAACCUCGGCGCCAUUUUUCACCUUACUUGACCACACGGGGAACACCGCGCUCGGUUACAUCACCGAGGAUAUCGCCAGGCUAUUCGAGUCAGAAACCCAGUCGUUCGAGGUCGAUGUUGAACGCAGAUUGAUUCGAAUCAGAGCCGAGUUUGACACUCUUCAAAAGCGGAAUGAGUUGUUCGCGGAACUCGCGUCAAGAUGGCGAGCUCUUUCUCAAUUCGACGCGUUAUUGAACAAAGGCUGGCGCGAUGAGUUGUACACGGUCUACAACCCCACCUCGGAAGCUUACUUUUACGUCGAAAGAGCAUUUUCCGUUUUAAUUGGCGUCGUCAGUUAUGGCGUGCACAUCAAUGGAUACGUUCCUCGUGAACAAUCAUCGGACCAGACCUUGAAAUUUUGGGUUCCCAAGCGGUCCUUGACGAAACCUACAUACCCAGGGAAGCUAGAUAACACGGUAGCUGGCGGACUCGAAACCGGCCGUUCGGUAAUGGAAACCGCGGUGAAGGAGUGCUUUGAAGAAGCGGGCUUGAAAGAGGAUUUCGUCAACUCGAACAUCCGCAGCGCCGGCGCCGUGUCAUACAUGCAUCUCACCGAGGACGGCCGCGUGCAACCGGAAGUUGAGUUUGUUUUCGACUUGAAAUUCAGCGAGGAUAGCGCACACUUGAUCCAGCCACAGGAUGGCGAGGCUGAAGAUUUCAAGUUGAUGACCUGUGAUGAAGUUCUUGCAGCCAUCAGAGACAACAAGUUCAAACCCAAUUGCGCGCUUAUUAUUGUUGAUUUCCUCAUCAGACACGGGUACGUAACCCCUGCAAAUGAACCUAGUUUCCUCGAAAUAGUCUCGAGGUGCCACGUGAAAAUGCCCUUUCCCACAAUCAGCUAGAAAUGGGCAUCGCAAAUCUACCGUGCAAGUCCAAUAUGCAAGUCCACCGUGUAAAUGCAAAAAAUAAACGGCGUGACAAAUGGCUGUUUUGAAAGCAAGCACAGCGCCAUAUUGCUGAACUUUUCAACAAGAAAUCUUAAAAGACAAUUUACAAAAGACGUAUAGAAUAAUAGACAUUACAGAAACUGGACUAGCUGUAGUAGCAGCAGUAGUGGUGGUGAUGGUGGUAAUGGUGGUAAUGGUGUAGGUUGGCCAUAUUCAAACUAGAAGCAGAUAUGGGUCUGCGCUACCUUUCACUCCCCCCGCUUAACAGACUCGUCCUCAAGUCGCCAUUGCGGGUAUCUUGAAGAAACAUUUCCAAGUGCAGCAGCUCCAGCUCCAGCUCCAGCUCCAGCUCCAGCUCCAGCAAUGUCUAACGAGAAUGUGUCCAUCAGUGACGCCAUAAUGCUAAGUGUGAGGGAUUCUAUCGACUCAAAGCUUCCGAGCCAGCUCAGCACGGAUAAAAAGCCAUCGAGUUUGGAAUCGUUGUUCAUCCAAGUUGAAGCCUACGAGAAGUUUCAAGAUGAAAUAGUCCAGCUCCUAUCGGACUCGCCUAUCGAAAACCGCCAAUUACUCUGGAUAGAGUGUAUAUAUAAACUAGUCAGCAUUCACGGAGACUUGAAAAAAAAAUUUGUCGAUUUUUGCUCGCAGCCGAAUAUCAACUAUGGAUACGAGCAGCUCCUACACGUGCAGGCCAAAAUCCAAGAGACGUUGAAAGCCAUCACUGGCAUUUACAAAAAUUACCUAAGUUCGGAAAACGGCAGCAGACUAGUUGCGCGCGCCGUGGAUCUCAUUGGCGCACUUCUCGACGUGCUUGAAAUCAAGGUCAUUGGCUCCUCGGACGAAACUACAGCACAGGAUGAGCUAUUGCAUUUGGUACUUGAGCAUUUUGAUUUACUUGCAAAUACAAAAGAGCGGGUGGAUCUUUUGGCACAGCUCAGCAGGAGCUUUUACAUCUUGAACAAGUCCGAGCUUUUGCUUCGGAUAUUGCCCGAUUUCAAUCCAGAAACACCGCUCGACUUGUUGGCCGACGGCAAGCCCAUUAAUUUGGUAGACUUGAUGAAUUUUUACCGGUUCACCGCGUUUAAUUUGGUUUCGCUAUCGAUAGCGAAGCAAACAAGUGUUGAAGGUGACUACAACAGACAAGCUGACAUUUACUUCAAGAUUCUAUUGACGUUUCCAAAUUUAAACAUUGGCGACUUGUCUGGAGAAGACAACCAUGAUUACUGGAACGGGUCCAUCAUUAACCUUCAAGAACGGCAAGAGGUUUCAUAUUUAUACAUCCUCAACUACCUCUUGGGAUUGGAAUCUAUUCACAAGUUUCUCGAUCAUACCGAAAUUUUCAAAGACGAGAGCACCUUUUUGCUUAAAACCAUGUCCUUGUCGCUUUCGCGUGAAAUUGAAAAGCAAGCGUCGCAACCUGGAAGCCGGCAUUCCAGUGUGGUUAACAUUCUGCUGUUGAACACAACGGUGGCGGAUGUUGAUAUUCCGUUUAAAAAACUAAGGAAUCUAGGCGCUGUGGUCCAUGACGGAACUUACAAGGAGAAAUUGAGACUAGUCGUGGACUUUUGUGAGGCAAUAUCUGCUUCCAACUUGGAACUCCCCACCCUUUCUGCAAAACUAUCCUCGCUCGCAUCAGUCUCGGUUAAAAACGAGACGACGCAAAAGGCCCAAGUCGCGAUUGCUCUUGUUCGCAAGCUCCUCGUUUUGGUAACUUUGAAACUGGCGUUGGAGACCGGAGGCUUGAAUCACAUGACGAGGUCAAAUUUAAACCGACUUUUCCAUUUCGAUGACGUGACAGAAGCACUUACAGUGAAGCAGCUUUUGCGGUUUGAAAUACAUGAGGACGAUGUUAUGACAUUUGAAGAAUGCACCGAGUUCAAGAGCAAGAAAGCAUUGGUUGAUUCCCAGUUGCAAGUCAUAAGACUUACCCGAAAACUCCGUGAGUCGGUUUAA